AUGGGCGAUCUUCCGAAGGAGAGAGUGAAAGGUUAUCAAGUCUUCUAUGUAACCGGCAGCGAUUUUUGCGGUCCUUUCUUCUAUAAGUCGGAGGUUCGCAACAAGGCUUCCAUAAAAUGUUACAUUAGCGUCUUCAUUUGUUUCACGAUAAAGGCCGUCCAUUUAGAGCUGGUGAGGGAUCUGUCCACCGCCGCCUUUCUGCAUGCACUGAGGAGAUUUGUUUCUAUCAGGAAGAAGCCUCGACAGAUCUGGUCCGACAACGCCACCAAUUUCGUUGGAGCCAAAAAUCAGUUGAGCGAAUUAAAGAGACUAUUUCUUAGCGACGAGCACCAGAGAGCUGUCUUGAAUUUUUUCCUUGCAGAAUCCAUUGAGUGGAAGUUUAUCCCUCCCCGUUCUCCCCACUUUGGCGGCUUGUGGGAAGCUGCUGUUAAGACUGCCAAGUACCAUUUUUAUAGUGUCGUGGGCUCGGCUGUACUAAAGGCCGACGAUUUCCAGACGCUGGUGUACAAAAUUGCUGCAGUGAUUAAUUCGAGGCCAUUAGUCCCUCACUCUGAAAAUCCUGCUGAUCCGGAUGUCCUGACUCCUAAUCAGUUUCUGCACGGAGGGCCUCCUUCUAGUUUCAGUGAGCCAGACCUGACGAAACUCAACAUAAAUCGGCUAGAUGCUUGA